GUUUUGCAAUUUUGCACACGUUGUUUAAUUACGACACUCGGGAAAAGCUCUCAAUAAUUCCUUUAACAAGUUUGAACAGGACAGCAGACUCCGACUGACGUGAAGGACUCAGUUCCCGACGUUUAACACUUUGUGUGUGUGUGUGUGUGUGUGUGUGUGUCCAAGAACCGGAAGCCCACUAUACUUGUGGGGUCCGACAGCUUUGUGGGGGACAAAAAGUUUGGAUCCCACAUGUUUAAAGGGCUUUUUGAGGGUUUAAACGGUUAGAAACUGGGCUAGGGAAUGCAUUAUGUCAAUGAAGGGUCCCCACGAAGAUAGUGAUACGUGUGUGUGUUUGUGUGUGUGUCUUGACACUUGCUCCUCCUCCAUGCCUUGAACUGAAGUCGCAGUUGAACCCUGUGAGGCAGUUCUCUAGAGGAAGCAGACGGGAGGCGGCCUGCGCUCAGUGAGGAAAAACAGAGAAAAUUGACGAUGGCAGAUAAUAAGAUGGGCCCAAAUCUCCAGGCUGGGGCUGGAUUCCUCGCCAAACGGGUCCAGAAGUCUUUGAAUCGAGCUCAGGAGAAGGUCCUUCAGAAACUGGGAAAAACCAUGGAGACCAAGGAUGAACAGUUUGAGCUAAGUUUCCAGAGCCUCAACAAACAACAGGUCGAUGGAAGUAGGUUGUUCAAAGAUGUCAAAGCCUACCAUACAGCAGUGAAAGCUGUGCAUGAGACAUCCAAGCGGCUGUCCCAGACUUUGCGAGACAUCUAUGAAUCAGACUGGAAUGGAGUGGAGGACCUUGCUGUCAUUACGGAGAGUGAAGACCUGUUGUGGAACGACUAUGAAGAGAAACUAAGUGACCAGAUUGUACGCACCAUGGAGAACUAUACAAGCCAGUUCCCUGAGGUCAAGGAACGAGUUGCUAAGCGCGGCCGCAAGCUAGUGGACUAUGAUUCAGCACGACACCACUUGGAAGCGCUACAGAGUGCCAAGAAAAAGGAUGACGUCAAAAUAGCAAAGGCGGAGGAAGAGUUCAACAAAGCCCAGAGUGUCUUUGAAGAAAUAAAUAAUGAGCUGAGGGAGGAGCUGCCUGUUCUCUAUCAGAGCCGGAUAGGUUGCUAUGUGACGGUGUUCCAAAACGUCUCAAACCUGAGAGAUGUCUUCUAUAAGGAAAUGAGUGUGCUGAACCGUGAGCUGUACAAUGUGAUGAAGAAACUGGAGACUCAGCACUCAGGAAAAGCUUUUAUCGUCAAGGGUUUGAACAGCACGUCAAGUAAGUCAAAGAAGAGAAAGUCGGUGGUUAUCUCCAAUCCCAUCCCUUGCAAUACGGCUUUCCCAACUGACCACGUCUCGAUCCAUUCUUCCAAUGAAAAUGGAAAUGACGGCGUACCCUCUUCCCCUGCCCAGAAAACUCAGAGCAUUGCUGAAGAAACCAGCCUACCAGAAGAAAGUAGUGUUUCAUCCAAAAAUGUCAACUCGUCAGACUCAGAUCUCAGUUCCUGCAGCACCAACACACCUAAAAGGCAGUCCAUAUGUGACAAUGAGAACAGCAACAAGAGCACGGAGAGUCCAGAAGAGGCGGAGGCAGCGGUCGAAGCAGAAACAGAACUUGCUACAAUCCAGUCCGAUGUUCCCAAUCCUUCUGAUUCUGCAGAUAGUGAUUCCGCACAUAUUCCAAAGCAGGAAAUUGUGAGUGAUCCACCAUCAGAGGAGGCCAAGCCCAAACCUGCACCGGUUCCCGUCCCUCGCCUCUCCCUCUGUUCCAUAGGUGCUGGAGAGGAGGAGGAGGAGGAGGAGGAGGAGAUAGAGGAGAUAGAGGAAGCAGAGGAAGCUUCAGUCAACCAGGAGACAGCUGACUCGAGUUCCGACUUUCCACCAGGUUUCCUAUACAAGGGGGUGGCAGUAGAGAGCUGUGCAGCGUCUGAAGAUGGCCUUCUCCAGUUUGAUCAGGGAGACAUCAUCUUGGUACUUGCAGACAUUGAAGAGCAGGAAGGCCUGGUGAAGGGGAUCAGGGAGGAGAGCUGGAACCAGCACAGGGAUCUAGAAAAUCACUCUGGGAUCUUCCCGGGAAAACUCAUCCAGCCUGUUCAGGCAGAGUGAGGCAAUAGUCCCUACUCAAUCUGUAAUGAUUUCUCCUUCCAUAGAGCAGUUGGUGAUGCACAUUCUCACAUACCACACACAGAGGGAGUGAAUCCAAAUGUUUUGGGUGAAACCCCACGUGGUUACUCUAUGCUAUGAUGUUGUAACUUGUGAACUUGUGCGACUGAGCUUUCGAACAUUUUGUAAUAGAUGUUUGCAUUGUUAAAGGUUACAGUAUUUUACUAUUUUUGUAUUUUCCUUUCUGUGGAAGACUGUGAAACAAAAAAAUCUUUUUAUACCGCUUCUAUGAUGUACAAUAUCCUAAUAAAGUUCUAAAUAAAAGAGAA